AUGUGCACCUGGAGGACCCAGUUUAUGCCAUUCCUGGCCUCCUGCUUCCAACAUUUAAGUGUAGCACUUGGUGUUGGAGAUAUAUUCUCCCCUGUGUUCUGCUCACUUUGGUGCGAUGUUUGGCUUGUUGCACUACUGAGGCAUCCUUCAAAACUUGGCAACCCUGCCAGAUACCAGAGUGUGAUAUACAUCAAGUUAGGAUGGGGUGCUGAUUUGAUGCAAGUCCAAGCAUGGAGGAGAGCCAACUCCUGGUAUUUGGUGCUUGGUGUCAUCAUGAGUGACAUGGAGAGUGAUUCCAAGAAUGACACUGGUGAGGAGAGCAGCCCUGAUGCAUACAUUAGACCAUGUGAUGCCAAUACCAGCCAAAACAUGAACCCAAAGGAAUUCCUUUUCAUUCAGCUUAAGAGCUUCAGCUGGAUUGAAGUCAAUGUGUAA